CUUUCAUUUGUUACAUAAAUACCACCCCUUUCUACUCAAUUCAACCCACACUACUCUCCCAUCCCACUUUGAAAAUUAAAAAAAAAACAAACAUAGUUUUGUUUAAGCAGCAAUGGCUAAAGAUGUUGAGGUUCAAGAACAUGGUGAAUUCUCAGCUAAAGAUUACCAAGAUCCACCACCAGCACCAUUGAUUGAUUUUGAUGAGUUAACAAAGUGGUCUUUUUAUAGAGCUCUUAUAGCUGAAUUUGUAGCAACACUUUUGUUCCUUUAUGUCACAAUUUUGACCAUUAUUGGUUAUAGUCAUCAGAGUGAUCCUAAAGCUGGUGGUACUGAUUGUGAUGGUGUUGGGAUUUUGGGUAUUGCUUGGGCUUUUGGUGGCAUGAUUUUCAUCCUUGUUUACUGCACUGCUGGUAUUUCUGGAGGGCACAUAAAUCCGGCAGUGACAUUCGGACUAUUCGUAGGAAGAAAGGUGUCGUUGCUGAGGGCGGUGUUUUACAUGGCAGCGCAGUGUGCCGGUGCGAUCUCCGGUACCGGACUAGCAAAGGGUUUCCAAAAAGCAUACUUUGACAGGUAUGGAGGUGGUGCUAACUUUGUUCAUGAUGGUUACAACAAAGGUACAGCUUUGGGUGCUGAGAUUAUUGGUACCUUUGUUCUUGUCUACACUGUCUUCUCUGCCACUGAUCCAAAAAGAAACGCUAGGGACUCCCAUGUUCCUGUUUUGGCACCACUACCCAUUGGAUUUGCUGUUUUCAUGGUUCACUUGGCUACUAUCCCUAUUACCGGUACCGGUAUUAACCCGGCAAGAAGUUUCGGAUCAGCCGUAAUCUACAACGAAGGCAAAAUUUGGGAUGACCAGUGGAUAUUCUGGGUUGGACCAAUUAUUGGAGCUACAGUGGCUGCAAUAUACCACCAAUACAUUCUUAGAGGAUCAGCCAUUAAAGCUCUUGGAUCCUUCAGAAGCAAUGCUUAAUUAAUUCACCUCUAUCUAUCACUUAUUUGUCAAUGAGUCUAUGGUGUUAAUUAAUUUCCCCCGAAGAAUAAUGUUGAGGAGUGCAAAAUGAAGUGGUCCCUUUGGGCGUUUUCGUCUUUUCCAUUUCAGUACAGCUGUAGUGGGGUUUGGAAGAAAAAAACCGAAAAUAAGGGUCACAUGAAAUUGUAGAUAACUGUUUGUGUUUCAAGGGUGUAUUUUGUAUCCCUUUUCUGUCAUUUUUAUUUAUUUUUAUUUCCAAUGUAUGUAUGUAUUCAAUUCCUAUGUGUUUGUUUUUAAGUUUUUGUGAAUCCUUUUUAGUCAUUUUUCAAUUUGCUCUUGGUAAUUAAUUAUGUGUCAUUUUCACCAUCCUUCCCUUGUUUCGUAUCAAAAUUUGUCUGUUUUCCAAUUUCUAUAAA